ACAAUUUUAAAGAUUGGUAACCGAAAUGUAUAACGGAAUUGGUUUAACAACACCUCGUGGAAGUGGUACUAAUGGAUAUGUUCAAACAAAUUAUAGUUCUGUCAAAAAUAAGAAACCAAAUAAUAAUUAUCAACAAAAGGAAAGGAAAGAUUUAUUAAAAAUUAAAUCUCCAAAUGUUGAUCUUUUAAUUCAUGAGGAAAAGAAGAAGGUUGAAAUUGAAUUGUAUAAAUUAAAAUCUGAGUUGACAAAACAAGGUAAAUUAACUCCAGAAGAAAUUGAUCAACAAAUUUCUGAUAAAAGAAAGGAAAGAAUGAAACUUAUUGAAAACAAAUACAAUAACAUUAACAACAAGGGAGAUUCAAAAACAGAGGAAAACAAUGAAAGAAAUGAAAAGUUCAAAAAAGCUCUUUCAUUAGAUAAAGAAUUUGAAAAGAAGGGAAUUAAAUCAAAUGAAGACGCAGAACUUGUAGCAUUUGAUUCCAAGUUAAAUGAAAUGCUAAAAAGAAAGGAAAAACCAGCAUCUCUCGAAAAGAAACAAAGAAAAAAGAAGAGGAGACAUGAUCGUAAUUCCUCAUCAGAUUCAUCUUCAGAAAGUGCAUCUUCAUCAGAUAGUGAUGAGUAAUAAGCUCAUUUUUUUAUUGUCUCUACUAAUAUCUGAAGUGUCGAGAUUUGUAUCCCCGCACUUUGCUUGGAUGAAAAAAGAUCCUCUCUCUUCUCAGCCAAACACUGACAAUUUGAAGUAAAAAUCAGGUACCUUUUCAG